UUCAACCAGAAACAAAAUUGAAUGAAAUCAACAACUUUGAUGUAAUAUUUAGUUUGUGGUCUUUUUGAUUAUGAAAACUAUUUUCAAUUCAUCUAAUUUACAAUUUGAGACUGUCAUUUGUUCAUAAUGAACAUUUAUCAUUAAAUUUAAAUAUUAGAUAUGCCCAAUCAAUUGGAUUUUAUAAACAAGAUAGACCUCUACUUGGUUUUGUCACCUUUUUUCGUAUUCUCUUCAUAGUUCAAUUGAAGUUAAUAUUGACAUCGAUUUAGUAAAUGGCCUAAAUGGAAUGUUCUGUGUUUACAGAUCACAAUCAUGGUGGAUAAAGGUAUCGAUAAAAAACUUGAAAAGCGUUUUCAAUCACCAACAUCUCCAGUAACAUCAUAUAUUCUAUCUGAUCCAAUGAAACCAAGUGAUGGAGUGCGAGAAUUUUCACCAAUAAUGACUGGAUCUGUUGAAGUCCCCGUGAAAACUGACGACUCAACACCAUCAUCAGUUUUAUCCUCAGCUUCACCAGCAACCUCAUCUUCAUCACUGCCAUCUUGGGGUUUCUCACUGCCCCAAUUUCCUCAGUUACCAAAUUUUCCCAGUAAUCCAUUGCCUCAAGUUAUCACACAAAAUCUUCAAGGCAUAAGAGGUUAUUUCCCGUCUAACCUUAAUUUGCCUAACUUUACUUCAGCCAUGACCCUACCAAUGUCUUCUGUUAUUUCUUCAUUUCCCUCUAUGCCAUCAAUGCCAUCCAUUCCAUCCAUUCCAUCGAUGGUCUCCUCUGCAAUCAGUGGAGUCAGUUUUCAACAAGCAAAUCCAAUCAAAACUUGGUCCCAAUUGAAAGAUUCAGUUAGACGAGCCCAUCGCAAGUUGUUUGAAAUUAGUGGUAGAGUACCAUUUGCUUUUAAUUUUGCUCAACUCAAUGAAGGCGACACUGUGAUUGGAACAAGAAUUUAUUUUCUCUGCUCUAUGCUUAAUGGCUCCGAGAUUACUCUUUACUAUUGUGAUAUCUUAGAAAAUCAAAGAAAUUUUACUAAGAGUGAUUCUUUAUCCUCUCAAUCAUCACUUGACUCAGGUAUGGAGGCAAUACCUUCUGCUGUACCUGAAACCAAGGAUGACGCUCAUGAAUCAGCUUUUUUUACAUCCAACUCCAAUGAUUCUUACCAUAAUGAAAAUUCUAGUAACGGAAAUGAAAAUUAUAACACCAAUGAUGGUGAUGAUGAUUAUAUGCCCACCAAUGAUGAUGAAGAUUUUGUUGAAAAUGAUGGAGACUCAUUUCGAGAGAAAUCAAACUUACAAAAUUUUGAAUGGAAACCAUUGAUUGAUUUAAAUGUCAAGUAUUAUACAACUGAAAGUAAUCUUGAUUCAUCAUCAAACAACUAUCAAGAGAAAUUACAACUCGAAAGAAAAAGAAUAAUGUUCAGUGGAAUAACCUCAUAUGAAUAUGAAUCAAGCUGUAAGCGUUUUGUGUUCACUUCAAACGGCCAUUUAUUUCAUUUUGACGAUGAUGGCACACCUCCAUAUCACCCAAUUAGACUCAAUUCAAGCAGUAAAUCUGCUAAAAUUAACCCUGCUAUUUGCCCUGCAAAUCCUGAUUUAGUAGCUUUCUUUUCUGACAACGAUGUGUGGGUGACCCAUAUUCAAACUGGUCAAGAACUUCGAUUAACCAAUACUAAGUACAAUACAAAUCGUAGAGCACUUAUUGCUGGAUAUCCUUGUUAUGUAAUUCAAGAGGAGUUUCGACGAUACACUGGUUUUUGGUGGAGACCUGGAUUUUCUAAGACCACAAAAUCUGCUGGAGAAUCAUCCAAGCUGGAAUUUCAUAUUUUAUAUGAGGAAGUAGAUGAAAGCGCAGUUGAAUUAGUUCAUCUCCCCACAGCAAAUGGCUCUGUUGAAGAUUACAGGUUUCCUCGUGCAGGUGGAUCUAAUGCUUCAUCGGACCUGAAAUUAGCAAGUUUUAAGUAUGAUGAGUCUACUCAUCAGUUAAGUGACGCAUCUUGUGGACCUGUACCUGGAUUACAGUCUCUUUACUCGAUUUAUCCUCACUACGAAUAUUUAGUGAGAUGCGGUUGGCAUUCUCAAGACUGUGUUUGGGUUCAACUGCUUAAUCGUCAACAAAAACAUCUAGUCUUGGGUUUAUUCAGUUUGAGUAAAUCUUUUCCAGCUCAAAUCCUUAUUCAUGAAGACAAUAGUCCUUAUUGGGUUAAUGUUCAUGAUUUCAUACAUUUUCUUCCUAACAACAGUCCCUGUGAGAAUAAUGAAAAUUGUUUGAAACCAGGCAGCGAGGUUGAAUUUUUCUGGAUCUCAGAAAGAACCGGAUAUCGUCACAUAAACUUAGUAAAAGUGCAAUUAGUAGCUAAUGGGGAGGAUGUGCGAAAUAAAAUAGCAAAAAAGGACCACCUUACUCGUAAUCCAGCUGGACCUAAUAAUAUGGAUGUUGAAGAAAAGAAUGAAACAAAUCCUGGUCAUGAAAAUGAUCUCUUUAGUUCUGAUCUACGAUCUUUACUUUUGGAAAGAAAACAAUUAACUUCAGGAGAAUGGGAAGUUCAUAAUAAAGAAAUAUGGAUUGAUGAAAAGAAUGAGCUUGUUUAUUUCGUUGGUCUCAAAGAUACACCAUUAGAACGGCAUCUUUAUUGUGUUUCUUAUCGAGAUAUUUACUGUAAAAAAAUCCGAAGACUUUCAGAAUUGGGUUUCUCACAUACUUUGUUAGCAUUCAACUCAGACUGUGAUCUCUUUGUUAACAUUCAAAGCAAUAUUUCUAUCCCUCCGUUUGGUUUUGUUCAUAGAAAAGUCAUUUUAUCACCAGCGUCACCUCCUUCAUCAUCAUUUUCACAAACAUCUCACAAUCUUCAAUUAGGCUCCUCUUCAAAUUCAGCUGAAUCAACCGAAAAUGUACACUUCCAAAAGAUUGGUUUUAUACUCAAUAAUACAUCAGAAAACUGGAAUUUAAGCAUGGAUUCUAGUUGCUCAUCUUCAGAUGCACCAUCAUCGUCAACAAUUAUGGUUGACAAUGAAUCUGCUGAUGUUGUUCCUGGCAUGACUAAACCAGAAUUAUUCACUUACAGAUUGAAAAAUUCUGGUGAAACAUUGUAUGGACUAGUUUUCAAGCCUGAAUUUAUGGAAUCAGAUGUAAAAUAUCCUUGUGUUCUGGAUAUUUAUGGUGGUCCUGAAGUACAAGUUGUUACCAAUGCAUUUAAAUCAACUCGAUUGGUUCGCCGGCACUUACUAGCUGGAGAAGGCUACGUUGUGGUUGCGAUUGAUGGUCGAGGCUCUCAUAAUAGAGGAGCAAAAUUUGAAGCACAUAUUCAAGGAAGAAUAGGUCAAGUUGAAAUAUCUGACCAAGUAGAGGUACUUGAAUGGUUAGCUGAAACAACAAAUUAUAUUGAUUUAACGCGAGUAGCUAUUCAUGGUUGGUCUUAUGGUGGUUACCUUUCUCUAAUGGGCCUUGCACAACGACCUGACAUAUUCAGAAUCGCCAUUGCUGGUGCUCCAGUCACGAAUUGGUCUCUUUAUGAUACUGGUUACACUGAAAGGUACCUUGAUACUCCUUAUGCCAAUCAAGCUGCCUAUGCAAAAGGAAAUGUACUUAACUUAGCCAAAAAUUUUCCAGAUGAAGAAAAUCGUCUGCUUCUAGUCCAUGGUUUGAUGGACGAAAAUGUUCAUUUUAUUCAUACCAUGCAACUGAUUACCCAUUUAAUCAAAGCCGGAAAACCCUACCAAAUCCAGAUAUUUCCAUCUGAACGCCACUCACUACGUAAAGCACCUUCUUGUGAACACAAUGAGACACAACUUUUGUUUUACCUGGAACAGCAUCUGAAACAAUGCAGUACAAAGUUCAUCAAUGUAUAAAAUGUUGAAUACUUCUCCUCUCUCACACAAUCUAAUGAUUAUUCUAUCUGCUGUUAUUAUUAACACUAACUACCGAGAUGAUUUUGGCUCCUGAAUAAGCAUAAUAUAAAUCACGAAGAGGGAAAAUUUUAAGUGGUUCCAUUUCUUUGACAAUAAGAUGCUACUCAUCUGAAUAAUCGAGAAAAGGAGUACUUAUUAGCUGUAAUGUUGUACUUAUCUAAUCAAGACAAUGGUGAAAAUUAUCCUCAUUUCUUUCCAUUCAACCUCCAAUUCUUUUUGUUUGACUCUGCAAAACAAGCUAGACAGUCAAGAUGUGCUGUUAUGGAAUGGCACAAAUAUUGGAAAUCUUACUUUUUAGCAUCCCCCUUUCACCAAACUGAAUCAAAGUGAUGAUUACGCUUGAUAUCAUUGAGAUCGCUGCUCACUCUCUAUUGGACUGAAUUAACCUAAUCCUGAAUCCAAAGUUUUGUUAACAAAAUAAAUCAACCAUAGAAGGAUCGUGAAAAAUAAUUUUAAGAUGAUGUUCGAAUUUCUGGAUCAACUGAAAAUAUCAGUAAUUUUUAAGUUUGUCAUAACAUCCAAGACAAUUGUAUUAAAUAACCAAUAAAAUUAAUUAUAUACAGUAAA